AUGGAAAGUAUUUUACGACUGGAUAAGGAUACAAUUUCGACCGAGACGCUUACACCGGAAAGUGAAGAGAUAUCGGUUGAAAAUGCAAAUAUACCUAGAACGAAACGUGAGGAAGACGCGUUUAUAUUGAAAGACACGAGUAACCUUUUACCAUCACCUCCUCCUCAUGAUAACAUUUAUAAUCCACCUACCAAGAGAAAGGCACUUACCUCCAUCAAGCUGGAAGUGGAAGAAGACAAAUUAGAAUUGGUGGCGAAAGGCUGUAAGUGGUGUCAAAGAUGUGGUACAUUUGAAACGCCUCGAUGGAGAUAUGGACCGGGUGGGCCACUAAGUUUGUGUAAUGCAUGUCAUCUUCGAUGGAAAACCGUAGGUAGACCUGAUACUGGAUAUAGUGCUACUUCAUUUCCCCCACCUUUCUAUGAUGCAUCUCCUCGUCAGACCAAAAGAAAAUACAGCAAAACAAAUAUAAAAAGGCAAAAGAAGGAGGCUAACAAGGAAAAUAGACUUACAAUAAUACCAAAAUUAAAAGAAAAUAUGCCUUUAUCAACAUUACCUAUUACAUCGGAAUCUCCACUAUCAUCAUCAUUAUCAUCAUCAUCAUUAGCACCGCCGCCCCCUCCCCCUCCACCACCUCCACCAACGGCGAUUCCUCUAAUUAUACCUGGUGCAUGUACACAAUGUCAAACUACGAACACUCCUUUAUGGCGUAGAGGUCCAUUUGGCUUUAGAACACUUUGUAAUGCAUGUGGAUUGAAAUGGUCCAAAGAAACGGACAAUGGACAGAGCAGCGCAAAUAAAGCGACUACAAGUGUAGAAUAUAAAGCGUCUGGCAGUGUACAAUAUAAACCACCAGUACAAUACAAAAAACCAGUGUUACUCCGUCAAAAAAAGGAGUUUAUAAAGCAUGGACUUUAUUCUGAAGAAACGCGAGUUGAAGUAGUUGAAAAGACACGAUUUCAGUUUAAAUUACCUAUCCAUCAAGGGGAGUUUAUCAUGUCCAAAGUUCAGGAUUUUGAAUUGCCUGUCGAUAUACUGGAGGAACGUGAUUUGGGGUUGAUUAAAGGAUUGAUGGCGGACCGAGAACCGUUUUUCACAAGAAUCCGGUCUAAUAUCUUUGUGGAAAGAAAACCUCAGCAUAAAGCAAAUGAGCAAGCGGUUUGUCACUGCGUACCACCAACAGAAGAAGGACAGAUGGGAUGUGGAGAGGAUUGUAUUAAUAGAAUGUUGUUUUAUGAGUGUGAACCAAAAUAUUGCCCUUGUGCUAGUCAAUGUUCGAAUCAACGAUUUCAACGUAAAGAAAGAAAGAAGGGACUUCAAGUAUUUCAGACAGAAGGUCGUGGAUGGGGGCUUCGAACGACUGGUGAUAUCAAGAAGGGAGAUUUAGUGAUUGAAUAUCGUGGGGAAAUCAUCUCUCAUGAGCUAUGUGAAGAAAGAAUGUGUACAGUUUAUGUGAAUGAAAAGAAUUUUUAUUUCUUAGACUAUUGCAACGGAGAAGUGAUUGAUGCCUGUACAAAGGGAACCGAAGCUAGAUUUAUCAAUCACAGUUGUGACCCUAAUUGCCAUAUAGAAAAAUGGUCACUGAAAGGGGAAUCUCAUUAUGGUGUAUUCGCUUCCGUUGAUAUUGGAGCGAACUCUGAACUAUUUUAUGACUAUAACUUUUCGACUUUUAAUGGUUCCGUUGAAAGUCAACAAAGAUGUUAUUGCGGCAGUAAAUUAUGUCGAGGUACCAUUGGCAAGAAGACUUCGGGCAUAACUCGCAUAAAAUAA